GUGACUUCCGCUGUCUGCUUCAGUGCCAGAAAAACGUCGGCCUUUUCAUCCUUUUUGAAGAGCUUAGCAAAGCAGUAAAAUGAGACUUGUAUUAAAAAGCCAAUUGGGCUUUCUGGUACUUUUGUUUUUAAGUAUUUUUACUUUAGAUGUUACAUGUGUCAAAAAUGAAACACCAACAGAAGAAAAUAGUUCAUCACCGGUAUCACGAAAUGCAACUAUCGAUACCAAUUCAACAGAAUCGUCAAAUACAACUAUUAACAAUAAAACAAGAGAAGAAAUAAGCACAACAACGAUGUUGCCAACUACAACUAUCGAUACUGUUAAAGCAAAUUGUGAGCAGGUAAUACGUCGAUACACGUUGCAGAAAAGGACUUACAUGAUACCUGCUGCGUGUCGUACAUAUGAAAAUGUAUCCAGUUCAACUGCGAAUGAAGUAUUAACAGCUAUGAAGAAUAGGAAUAUUGAUAAAGUUGCUAUUCAACUCUUGAUUCGUCAUCCUUCUUUCGCCUUAAGUCAGCUUAGUACAUUGAUAUCUCUUGUGAAAAACAAUCUUGAGCUUAUUCAUCCAGAAAUUUUAACUAAUAGCAUAGGUGCUAUUAUUGAUAAACAGAAUAAUUUUAGAAUUCCACGCAAGAUAGAUGUUGAACAUAUAUCGUAUUUGGGUGAUUUGGUGGUACAUUUACCUGGAAAACUAGUCUCACAAUUAACUCUGCCAGCAAUAGAUUUAUUUCUUGAUACACUACACAAUGUCACACAGAGAGAUACUGAUCCUGUUGAAGCUGUGAGAAGUUAUAUCUUCUCUGAUAUGAUUAGACUUAGAGCCCUAUGUACAAGAGUGUUUUCACUCAAGACUCAAUUAACCCUCAAUGAUAUUGACAAGGUUUACUUCCUCAUGUUCUGUGCACCAGCACCUAUAUGCUCAACUGUGGCAGCCAAUGAUAUUUUGAGCAAGCACGAUCUGUUAUUACCAGCUAAAGAAAUGUUUUGGACACCAUCAUGUGCUUACCAAACAGUGGAUCAAAUGUCUAAAAGUAUAAUAGAAAAAGGAAAUUUUAGAGGAUUGAUUGAAAGAGGUGCUGGUUGUGCUAGAGAAUUAGCUAACAAAUAUCUAUCAGUAGUGAACAGUGAUCAAUUGUCAGUAACAGUUAACAGAAUAAAACCUAUAUUGGGAUGUAUGGCACCUCAUGAUGUAGAAAGCUUUAUGAAUGGAAUGACUUGUAGUGAUGCUGAAGCAGCUUUGAAGUCAUAUGAUUUCACUUCACCCUUAGCUUUAAAGAUAGUGUCAAAAAGAUGUAUUCUACCAUCUGUACAUCCUUUCAACAUUACUUGUACUGAACUUGUUAGUUAUGGACAAUUUGUAACAAGUUUCCCUGAUGUGUUUAUCCAAGGAAUACCGGAAGCUACAAUCUGUCAGGAGGAUUGUCAGAGUAAUAUAUUUGGAGACUUUCGUUAUCAGAAAUUACCACAAAGCAUUAAAAAUUAUGUGUUAAGGAGAUGUAGACCAACUGGACCAAUUGAUACAGCUACUGUGGCACGAUUUGGAGGUAUGGUUGUAAAAUUACCAAUGGAUUCUGUGGAUAGUCUCUCAGCAUCUGAUAUAGCUACAGUUCUAAAUGAUGUCAAAAAAACAUUGAAGGCUGAAAAAUAUCCAAGACGGAGAGCUAUUGUUCGUAAAAUGGCUAAAAAGCUAAUAGCAGCUGGUUCUAUUGAAGACAUAGCUGAUAAUAAAGACUUUAUGAAGCAGUUAUCUUUAAAAGAUAUACAGAAUACAGAUGUUUCCCUAUUAUACAACAGCACAUCCCUAGACCUUCCUGAUUCUCAGAAUAAAUUCUUUAUGAAGAAAGUAUUACAAUCAACACCAAUAGAAAAUAUGGAUGCUGCAGCUGUCAGACAAAUGGGUUCAUUGGUAAAAGGAUUGGUAUCUUCCAAAAUCGCUCAAUUUGAUCCAGGUCAGAGAAUGGUUAUUGCUACUGAACUCUGUUCACAAAGUAAUUGGCCAAUGAAAUCUGCUUAUGCCAUCAAUAGAAAACUAAUAGUGGAUCAUUUAGAAAGUAGUUUAGAAUCAGACCCAAUGUCAGUAUUUUCUCCUUUUGAUGUUGAAGCUCUAGGAUGUGAAUGUCUGGUAUAUUUUAAACCAGAAGAAUUAACAGCUAUGUCAACAGAAGCUUGUCAAGCAACAUGCAAGGCUAUUGGUUCUUGUUCAAAUUUUCAAUGUUUGGAUAAGGGACAUAGACAAGGAUUAUUAGCUUCUUGUAUGUCUUGUAUGAAUUUGACUUCAACAUUAUCAAUUGAGGAUUUUGCUGAUUUGGGUCGUGGUUUUAUGCAAGAAUUAAGUGUAGAUAAAAUUUCUACAAUGAUUUCUAAUGAUGAUUUGGUGACUGGUGCCUUGAUGUAUUUCCAAGGAGGAUGUUUAUCUGUUCCUGUAAGAGAGGCUUUGAAAACAAAAAUCAUUUCUGGAAUCGGUGAACCUACAUCAUUUGAUAGAGCAACAUAUGAAAGUCUUCAAGAACUAUUGAUGAUAUUUACUGAUGCUCAAUUAGAUGCUGCUAAUAUGACUGUAAUUAAUGAUCUUACUGGUAACAUAUUACAAGCUUUAAAUCCUGAUGAUGAAAAUGGUAAAAGGUUAAAAGAAUGUUGUGAAAUGUGGUUAUCUGAUAGUGAUAAGGAAGCCAUUAAAAUGAGAACUAAAGCUUUAUAUUCUACACUGAUGAGAGCAAGAAGAUCUGUUGUGUCUUCGUCUAGACGAAGAAGAAGUGCAGAUCCUUGGACCUGUAGUGAAAUUCAAUCUGUUGGUGAAGCUUUUAGUGGAGCCACUAUAAGUGAAAUACUGGCAAUUGAAGACAGUGAAUUUCUUGUCUGUAUCAGUCAUCUUGGUACUUUAUCUGGUUGGUCUACUGAACAAUUAACUACACUUUAUAAUAGAACUACACAGUUACAAGGUGAUGCUUGUGAUAUCAGUGAAACAAUGAUAGUGGAUAUGGGUAGUAUUGUAUUAGGUAUGAAAGUUGGUGAUAUAAGUUGCUUAAAUUUCACUACAGAUGAUCUUAUAGUAGCACUUGGUAUUCCUUCUACCUGGUCAACUGAACAAUUAAGUGAGUUGGCAUCUACAGUAAGUGUCAGGAGAAAUACAUCUAUAGCUGAUCUUACAGCUGAUGAUUUAACCAAUCUCAGACAUAUUUUAUGUGGGUAUGAUGCUAGUGAGUUAAAUAACAUUAAUGCUGAAGCUCUUAGGGAUUGUGGAGCUCAGUUAGGAACAUUAUCAGGUGAUUUGUGCUCUACAGAACACAUUUAUGCUCUAGCUGAUAAAGCAUCGGAAACAAAUGGUUAUGGCAAUGUCUCUAACUGGGAUGCUUCCAUUCUUAGUGAACUAGGAAUUAUUGCAGCUGGUUUAUCUGGUGACAAAUUAUCUUCAUUAUCAACAUCUUCUUUAGAAGGUUUAUCAUCUUCAGCCAUUCCUUUUAUACAAUCUUCAGCAUUAGCAGCCAUGAGUCCAGACCAAUUUAUUGCAUUCAGUGAAUCUCAGGCUAAUUCAAUAACACCUACUCAGAGGAAUGCUUUGUCUGCUGAACAACAAAAUUCUAUUGAUUUAGCUCCUUAUGGUGAUGAAGUUAACCCAAAUGCUACAAUGGCUAGUACUACAAUAGAACCACCCUCUGGUACUGGUAGUCAUGAUGCAGUAGAAGUUAUGAAUGUUGUUUUAUCCAUUACUAUGGGAUUGUUAUGUCUAUGUUUAUUUUUACCAACAUAUUGAUUAUAACAGUAUAUUUCAUCAGCCAGUAACCAGUAAGCCAGUAAUUGUUUGAGAAAAUUGUUGAGAUGUUUUAAAAAAUAAUAUGCAUGGAGUACAAAGAUAUUUAUAAAUUUCAUUACCUAAUAAUAUGCUUUAUUCCGAUGUUUAUUUGAUUGAUAUUAAAAAUAAUUCUGUUUAAAAUUAGUUUUGUCAAUGUCUGCUUCAUGAAAAGGAAAUUUUUAUUAAUGUUGAGAUGGGUUAACCUUAAAUCCCAAUCCUUACUGUAAAGAAUUGGUAUUGCUAAUAUUAUGGAUCAUAGAUUUUCAUACAACAAUUAUUGAAUUUGAAUAACAGCCACCAAAAGCAUCUUAAAGCAAGGGAAAAAAUGCUUCAUUCCUCAAAGAUUGUCACUAAUAACUUCUUCAAUAGUUCAAUGUCUGAAAAUUUAUGAUAUCAUAGUGCAGUUGAAAUGGAAUGCUUGACUGUCUACCCAAUUCAAAAAUGAAAAUCUUGUACACUUUUACAUCUAACAUAUUGUCAAAUAAAACAAUGCCAAGAAUCUUGCUCUUCUGAUAAAGAAUUAUCAUAGAUUGAUUUCAUCUGUGGCCACCUACAACUCAAACUAACUAAACUGUAGAUUCAGGAAAUAUGAAUUCCUCACUGAAGUAAAUCUUAGUAGACUGUUCAAAACAAAAAUUAUAGUUAUAU